AAAAUCGCCUAUCCUUGCAGAGUCAUACUAGAGAAGCCAUCAAAGACACUUGAUGGUGAGAAUUGCGACCGGGCGGAAAGAAGCAAAGAGUUUACGGCCCGUCAUGCCACCUCACAUGGACUUCUACCACGAGUCCCGCGUCCCCUCCGCUUGCGGACUGACCCGGGAGGACGAGCUGGAGCCGGGUGUCAUCAGUUGCAUGCUGGUGGGCGACGGCGCGGUGGGCAAGACCAGCAUGAUAGUCAGCUACACCUCCAAUGGAUACCCGGUGGACUACAAGCAGACCGGUUUUGACGUCUUCUCAGGUCAGGUCCAAGUGGAUGGAUCCCCAGUCAGAGUUCAAUUGGUGGACACUGCAGGACAGGAGGAGUUUGAUGAGUUCCGAUCGCUGUCCUACUCACACACGGACGUCUUCCUGCUGUGCUUCAGCAUGGUCAACCCCGCCUCUUUCCACAACAUCACCAAAAAGUGGGUGCCCGAGAUCCGCGCCUGCAACCCAACCGCGCCCAUCGUCCUGGUAGGCACGCAGUCGGACCUCCUACUGGACGUCAACGUUCUCAUCGGCCUGGACCGCGCCAGCGUCAAGCCCGUGGCCAGCUCACGCGCUCGAGGCAUGGCGGAGAAGAUCCGGGCGGCGGAUUACGUGGAGUGCUCCUCGCUCACCCAGAAGAACCUCAAAGAAGCGUUUGACGCCGCCAUUUUUGCCGCCAUUAAGAACAAGGCACGGCAGGCCAAGAAACGGCGCUCGUCGGACAGGCGCAGCAAAGCCUUCUCCAGGUGCAGCUGGAAGAAGUUCUUCUGCUUCAUCUGAGCCGGCUGGAACUGUAAACGCAAGUUCUUCAUUUAUGUGAAGUGACAUUCAGCGAAUGGCAUCAGGUUUUGGAGCCAAGGACUGUCGUCUCCUCGUUCACGACCAUCCUAGCUCAGAAUACCCAAGUCUGGAUUCAGGUGGACUAACACAAUACAGGAGGUCUUUGGUUAUUUUAUUCAACAUGCAAACGAUACCAAUUUGCAUGUUAGUGCUCCUGUGUGUGUCGUAUCAGAAAGGGUGUGAAGCGCAGUUUCAGCACACAAGCGUCAGUUUUGUUGCGUUCGCUUGGGCUUCAGGCUCCGGCGCAAACUGCAAGAUGCCGCAUUCUUACCUGAGUGCUAAAAGGACGCUGCCCAGACUGGUUUUUCGGUGCCUAAAUUAUGUGACGUGACUUUUUGCAAUGUUGCGUGAAGGAACGCAUGUUACUAUAUCUCCUUGACAUCGUUUUAAGUUUGGAAGAGCAAGAAACAGAUAAGAGUCAGCUUCGACCUUUGGCCCUCUCGAUGACUAUCAGUCGAGAUUCUUAACAUCUUGGUAUGGUAUGCAAUGAAUUUUCUCUAAACAUCCCUACUUUGCAAGAUUUGUUUUGUGCCUUUUUUUUUUUUUUUUUUGGGUGACGAGCCAUAUUUUGCACUCCAGUCUAAUCAUAACCAAACACAAUGUAUUAUGCUUCCUGUGGAAGUGAUGUGAAUAAAUUCUGUUUGUUCAAACAACUGUCAACGCCAAAAUGGAUUUUCAAUGUCAUCUUUUUUUUUUUUGUAUCACUUAUGUGCUAGCGUGUCUCACUCUCCUCUAACCCUCAUGUCUUUUUAUUUACAUGUCAGAGCGACGUGACACAAAUAAAUGAAGCGCAAAUUACA